AUGUUUAUCACCGCCGCAGUCAUGGCCGAGAUAUGCUCCGCGCUCCCGCUCAGCGGCUCGAUCUACGUCUGGAGCGCAGAGAGCGCAGGUCCCAAGUACGGCCGCUUCUUCGGGUUCGUCGUCGCCUGGUGGGCCUGCACGGCCUGGAUGACGUUCUCCGCCUCGUGCUGUCUCACCGCGGCGAACUACAUCGUCUCGGAGCUCCUUGUGUUCGAAGUGUACUACCCGGGCGGGGCGGGCACCGACUCCAUCCAGUGGCGCGCGCUCGUAUGGGCCGUCGCCGAGGGCUGCUUCGUGGUCGCGGUCGCGGUCAACUACCUCCCCCCGCGCUGGUUUUCGGCCGUGUUCAAGAUCUCGAUCGGGCUGUACAUGCUCGACUUCUUGUUGUGCCUGAUCUGGCUCCCCAUUGGCGUGUCACGCACGUAUGGGUUUAGGUCCGCGAAGGAGGUGUUCACGGGGACUUAUAAUUUGACGGGAGCGCCGCCCGCUUGGAACUUCAUCCUCUGCUUCUUGUACUCGUCCGGGACAAUGAUCGGUUUCGACGCAUCCGGGCACAUCGCCGAGGAGACCAAAAACGCCAGCGUCGUCGCCGGCCGUGGCAUCCUCUACAGCGCCAUCGCGACCGGCGUGCUCGGCUUCAUCACCAACAUCCUCUUCCUGUUCUGCACGCCCGACCUCGACACGCUCUUCUCGCUCGACGCCCCGCAGCCGUUCGUCCAGCUCUACGCACUCGCGCUGGGUAAGGGCGGCGGCGCCUUCAUGACCGCCAUCGCAGCGCUCGGCCUGAUCCUCAAUACGAGUGUCUCCGUAGUAGCCGCGUCUCGACUCGUCUUCGCCGUCGCGCGCGACGGCGUGCUCCCCUUCUCGCAUUGGAUCGGGCAGGUCGACGACCGGCGCCAGCCGCGCAACGCCGUGACGGUGAUGUUCAUCUUCGGCGCCGCGCUCCUCUGCACGAUCCUCCCGUCCGACGUCGCCUUCACGUCGCUCACCUCCGCGGGCGGCGUGCCCACCACCGCGGCAUAUGGGCUGAUCGCGCUGCUGCGGCUCAUCAUGACCCCGGAAGAUUUCAAGAGCAGCCACUAUUUCUUGGGGAGGUGGAGACGCCCGUUCUAUAUCGCCACUGUGCUGUUCAAUGGCUUGAUCUUUGCGACUCAAAUCUCGCCGUUCUACUUCCCGGUCACGGCCCAGAGCUUCAACUUCGCCCCAGUCAUCCUCGGCGCCGUCACCAUCUUUGGCAUCCUCAGCUGGUACUUCAUCCCCGCCGAGAAGUGGCUGCGCCGCGAGCAGGUCCUACGCGCUCUUCAGGUCGCCGACGAAGAGCCGUUUGGAGCGGGCAGCACAUCUGUGGACGGUGGCCACGCCAAUGAAAACGCGAGAUACCGCGUCGACUCGGUGGGCGGGAAGGCGAAGGGUCUGGUUAUGGACUGA